AUGCCCGCCGGAGAAAAUGGCCUCAAUGGCGACGCAGACCCCAGUGAACGAACCAGUCUGCUCCAGCGACUAGGCAGCACCGACUCGGGCACCCCGUACUACAAACACGAAAACAAAGCCAUAAGAUAUCCAUCCCUCGUGCUGCACACGACGUGGGAGAUCUUGAAGACCAACUAUGUGAACGUCCUGCUGGUCUUUGUUCCCGUGGGCAUUCUGGCCGGCCUGUUGAACUGGUCGCCCACACUCCAAUUCGUUCUCAAUUUCAUCGCCAUCAUCCCGUUGGCGUCAUUGUUGGCCUUUGCGACGGAAGAGCUGGCCAUCCCACUGGGACAAACCAUUGGGGGGUUGUUGAAUGCUACGUUUGGAAAUGCCGUGGAAUUGAUUGUCAGCAUCAUCGCUCUGCGCAACAACCAGAUCCGCAUCGUGCAGGCCAGCAUGUUGGGGAGUAUCCUGUCCAACAUUCUACUCGUCCUCGGCUGCUGCUUCUUCGUGGGUGGCAUCAGAUACAAAGAACAAUCCUUCAAUUCCACCGUCGCGUCCACCAUGUCUUCGCUCAUGACAGUGGCUACCUCGUCCCUGAUCAUCCCGGCCACUUUGUAUGCCGUCAUGUCCGAGGGAAAAGCGCAGGAGGAUAACAUCAUGUUCUUGUCGCGCGGGACCUCGAUCAUUUUGCUCCUGAUCUAUGUCGCAUACCUCUACUUCCAGCUCAGAUCGCACGCCGAGUUGUUCGACGAUGCUGAAGCCCAGGAGAACGAAAACCCGGAAGACCAACUGCUGGGCCCGUGGUCGGCCAGCGCUGUGUUGGUGGUCAUCACUCUCUUGGUGGCCAUUUGCGCCGAAUAUCUUGUCGACAGCAUUGACGCCAUUGUCGAGGAAGCCCAUAUCAGCAAAACCUUUAUCGGUCUGAUUUUGAUUCCCAUUGUGGGCAACGCUGCCGAGCACGUCACGGCAGUCAUUGUGGCUUGGAAGAACAAGAUGGAUUUGGCCAUUGGGGUCGCCAUCGGCUCCAGCUUGCAGAUCGCCCUCUUUGUCACGCCCUUCCUCGUCAUCCUCGGUUGGAUCAUUGACCGACCGAUGACACUGCACUUCGAGACGUUUGAGACCGUGUCUUUCUUCCUCGCCUCACUGGUCGUCGUUCUCUUGAUCCAGGACGGCAAGUCAAAUUAUCUGGAGGGCUUGCUCUGCUUGGGCAUGUACACCAUCAUUGCCAUGGCUUUCUACGUCUUACCGGACGAUGGAGAUUCCGGCCUGAACCUGGGGAAAUUGGUUUUCGGUGGAAACGGUGGGAACUGA